ACGGCGUGCUCUCCGGCGCGCGAAGGAGGAAGAGAGCGAAUCGGAGAGGAGCGCGCAGAAGGAGAUUCGUGCUCUCGUUGACUCCGGCAGCGGCCAGUUCCAGACUCGGCGCUGGACCGUGAGCCACGCGCGAUCUCUGUCUCUCCUCUCGCUCUUUCUCUCUUUCUCUCUCCCUCUCCUCCUCUCUUUCUGACGCGCGCGCGGCCGCAAGAUGUGAAGAUCGACGUCGACCGCGUCGCACAGCGAGGUAGAGCCCGUUCGCCGUCUCGAUGAUGGAAUGACACCGCGCGCUUUGGCUCGCUCCGUGUGCGCGGCCGAACGCGGAGAGUACAGGCCGUAAGGGCGAGAGUGCGGAUCGAGAUCGCGGGUCCCGGCCAGCCCGACGGAGAGCUUUGGACGUCGGGGUGUACGCGGUUGGAUAGACCGCUCCGAGUUUGCGAGAAUCUGCGGGAGGGAGGAGAGAUCGGGUGAUACCGCGAGUGCGCCAGGCGUUGAAGUCUCCGUUGCGCGCGCGUUUUUACCACGCGACACCAAGUCCGCGAUCCACAGCUGCCAUGAUCUACCAGUCGAAUCAUCAAGCGCCGACGAUGUCGUCUAUCAGGAAGACGUCGCCCGGACCGCAACGUCGUAGUUUGCAAGCGUCCCCGGUGAAAUGCGCCAAGACGAAGCGGGCGAACGAUCGUGCGGUCAACGAGGAGAGAUGUAGAGGAAGAUGCAGAGUCCAGUGGAGCGAGAAACACGUCAAGGAGGGCCUGGUACUUGUCCAGGAGGCGCAGCUGGCCAGGGUGGUCAAGACGGGACCUAUCACAGAGCACUACGAGAUCGACCCGAAACCGUUCGCGAGCGGUCAGUGGGCGAGAGUCUACCGCUGCAGGUCGCGUUCGACCGGCAUACUUUACGCGGCCAAGUACUCGUCCAGGAUCCGAUUCAACGCCGAUUGCAGCGCGGAACUGAGGCACGAGAUCGCCCUGCUGUCUCUGUGCUCGCAAUCGCCGCGCGUCGUCAGGCUGCACGAUGUCUACGAGACGCCGAAGGAAAUCAUCUUAGUCAUGGAAUACGCACCCGGAGGCGAUCUGCAGACGCUCAUCGACGGCGAUUUGGUGCCCCUCGAAGGUGACGUUGUACACUUUGUGCGGCAGCUAGUGGAAGGACUCGCCUACCUCCACGAGAGAAAUAUCGCCCAUUUGGACAUCAAGCCUCAAAAUCUGGUCAUGAUGGGCCCCUUCCCAGACUGCGACGUUAAGCUGUGCGACUUCGAGAUCUCGAGAGUGAUCCUCGAAGGCACCGAGGUCCGGGAGAUUCUUGGCACGCCGGAUUACGUUGCGCCUGAAAUACUGCAUUACGAGCCGAUCACGCUGGCAGCCGAUAUGUGGUCGCUCGGUGUCACAACCUACGUACUGCUGACGGGCUUCUCGCCCUUCGGCGGCGAGACCGAUCAGGAGACCUUCCAGAAUAUAUCCUUAGGAGAGGUGGACUAUCCCGAAGAGCUCUUCGAGGAUGUCUCGGCGCAGGCGAAGGACUUCGUCGCAAAGCUUUUGGUGCUAGACCCAAGUGCACGGAUGACCGCGAAGCAAUGCCUGCGCCACGACUGGUUACGCGGCGCCCCAACGCAAGCGUCACCGCAUCUGCGAAGGUACUUGUCCAAGUCGCGGGAGGUUCUUCUGGAGCGCGUGGUCAGUCGUGAGAACCUGAGGAGGGCCGCGCUGAUGAGCCAGACGACCAGCCAGGCGAGUCUCUGCCAAGGGGACGUCCAAAGCGAUCAGAACUAUCAGCAGCACCGUCAACAGGGCUUACAGGAUUGCAUGCUCAGUCAAAGCGAAAUGUGCUUGAGCCAUCGCCUGACUGGAAGUCGCUCGAGUUUGGUGGGUAGCGAGGGAUUCGCCAGCUCGGCGGAUUCUCAGGCCAGCCUGAACUCCUCCAGAACCAGCCUGAGCUGCGCGAGCCAGAGCUGUCUGCUGAAUCAAGAACAGACGCAGGGACUGCUGAGUAAAGCUCAGAGCCGAUCUCAGGCUAAUCUGAAUCAGGGCCCGAGCCGCGGUAUACUGUCGAGAAUACGCAGUCUGAAUCACGUUCAGUCUCAGGCGUGUCUACUGAACGGAUCUUCGGCGAUCGGUUGCGAGCGUGCCGGUGCCGUCGCUACGAUGAACCCUGUAAUCAGCAAGUCCCGCGAGAAACUGUACGGUUUGAGGUCUUUGUCAAAGUCCCAGGGUGUCCUGGAUAUCUACAGAAGUCUGGAAUGCCUGAAGCGGCGAAGAAAGAGCUACCAGCGCGCGAGGACCGAGGACAUGUUGCCGAUUUUCAAGCAACUCGGCGCCGAGAUCGCGUCCUCCAGACUCACACCCUCGGCCAGCGACGACCGUCUGGUCGUUGACGUAAAAUCGGAGGUCGAUUUAACAUCCUGUAAGAUCGAUCGGAAGUUUGAGCAACAUGUGCAAACUGCUUCGUCGAGAGACGCGAAGACACCAAGCGAGUUUAACAGCGGCGAUCGGAGUCACUCGUGCGUCGAGUUGAAUAAUGAUUCGCAACGCACGGCGAAGAACGCGGAGUCGCAGACCCCGAAGAAGCUCGCCUCGGAAUCCGAGGAGAAUCUAGAUUCCCUCAAGUCCGUCGAGUCGGACACCCUGACGGAGGAUUCCGACGAGAUGCCGUUGUGCCGUAACGCGGCGCCCGCCAACGUGGACAAACGUCCCUGCGAACGUCAACAUUCCGACGUGUCCAGCCGUUCCAACAACUCCGACGACAAGGAAGACCGCUCGACGGAAUCGGAGAACGAGGAGCCCAAGUACACGGUGGCGCAGUUGGUCUCCGCCUUCAACAAGCACCAGGAAGUCGCCUCGAAGACGAGUCUGAGAGCAAUCAUGUCCGAGAAGCGGAUCAACGAAAUGACAUUCCCGACCGGCACGAAGGCGUUGCGUCUCUUUAUCCCGGACAUUAACAUCACCGAAAGUAAGAUCGUCAGGCGAAAAACGAGCUACAAGCCGCGAAAGAAUUGGGAGGAGCUCAGGAAGCGCAACGAGAAGAACGAGGGCGUCUUGAAGAGCCUCGAUAACGAUUCCGGCAACGAGGAUGACGACAACGAAGACGAGACUCGAGACAGCACACAGAACGAUCUCACGACGGACGAAAGGGAUUGCUCAAGGAAUACCGAGGAAAGUGUUAUCGAUAUUUCGCAGGGCUUAAUAACUCAGGAGGAAGACACGAGUUUAUCCUUGGACGGAUGGUCGCUCUUGCGACCUGAGGAGAGCAAUGGCCAGAGUAUCUUCGUCGACAACGCGGGCACUCAGAACAGCCUCGACACUACGAUAGACGAGAAAUACAAGCAAUGCGUGAAAGGUGCUAUGUCCGGUAAGAUGGAAACGCAGAUGGAGGAUAAAAAUGUAGAGAAAUAUCCAAAGCCACGAGAGGUGCAGCCGAAGAUUACCGUUUCGUUACGUCAGAAGGAGAGAUUACCUAAUUAUAUAUAUCCGGACAUAACGAUCGCGGCCAAAGACGACAAUCGCGAGGCCUCUAAAAAGACUGUCGUCGCGUCUAAUGGAAAACCCGGGCCUAGAGUACCCAAGUUCGAUCGUACCAAACCGAGUUUUGGUGCUGACUCCGCGAACGUAAAUCUCAAGGAUAUUCUGCAGCGGGUGGACAAUUCCCAAAGUACUUCCAAAGAAAAUCUAGAAAAUCUGAGGAAAAGGACAUCGAUCGCAAAAAUUAUUUUAAACGACAAUCUCGUUCAUGACAAUCAAGACAGUGGUCUCGGCGGUUGCAGGAUGAAUUCUCGCGCAAAGAGUGAACCGCCCUCGAACGAGGAUAAUCAGUCGGAGGACCGAAUGAAGCUGACGGUACCGCCGUCUUUCAUCCGGUCCUCCUCUUUGUCCAGCGACAGCAGCUGCCCCACGCCGUCCAGCGUGCAAUCUGACGUAAACGUAUCGUGGGAGGAUGUCCAGGUCGCCACGGGCUCUAGCACGUCUCUAGAAAAGGAGGACGUUUGCAGGGUCGCGAAGAAGAGCGACGUCCAGCGAACGUGCAGCGAGGGAAGAAACAGGCAGUGCGCGGAGGACCGGAGAGUCUGGGGGCGGAUCUGCAUCGGCUCCUACACCAGGGCCAUGGAGAAGUUUAGCGGCAAAAAUAUAGACGCCGCGAAGAAAUCGCUGGGUUCAACGAUCCUCGCGCAACAGGCAGAGAAGACUAGGAGAAAGAGCAGCCCCGCGAUGCCGCAAUGUAUAAAUCCUUAAGAAUCUUAAUCUUUAGACGACCGCAAUCUAAAGUAUAUACGUUGCAAUACAAUUUGGAUGAGAGACCCGAGGUCAUAAAUAUAUAUCCACUUAAUGUUCCUGAAGGAAUAGCGAAUGCUAAGACUGGAGUCGACGCGAUGCGAAUUGCAGUAACGCGAAAAUCGAAGUGAGGAGAAGAUCGAUACUAUUUUUUUUUUCACGUCUUCACAAGGCAAGGGAGAGAUAAUCUCUCGCGGCCUUGGCAGAUGACCGUGAAUGCGAACCUUGAGCGAUUCAUGGGCACUAGGAACUCCGUUGCAGUGCCACGCGCCGACAUCUCCGAUCGAAGCGUAUCGACGCGGCUUAAUGACACGGAGACACGUGUCAGCGAUUUUACUGACCGUCAUUAACGUCCCACUCGAUUGUGUCACGCACAUGAUCAGUGGCUCCAGCGUCAUCCCUUUGGCUUAAUUACCAUAUUAAGGGAAUACUUAUUCUUGUUCACGCGCGUGCACACCGCCCAGGAUGGUGUCAAUGAGGAUGGUGAAUAUAAUUUUAGGAAAACAAGGGCAUAGUGGAUGAAGUAGAAUGUAGUUUGAAUUUCUGGCAUAUAUCGUCUCAGUUACGCCAUACUACGUUUUCUAAAAAAAAAAAAAAAAAUUCAUAAACUAUUCUUAAAUUUUUUUGCGCAAGAUCUCUAACAACCUUUGGAAGUUGCACAGUUUUGAUAUUUUUUUAAUACAUAUAGGGAUCAGAUUACUUUUCUCUUUUCUUUUUCAACAAGUACUGUACGUAUUGUAUUUUUCAUACAUGUGUAACCCAUUAAUAAACUGAGACUAAAAAAAUAAACACCGUUCUCUUUAA